GAUUGGGGAAACAGGGAAAGAAAAAGAAAACCCAACAAAAACCCUGUUUCUUAUCUGCGACUCCAACAAUGUCUUCCUUCACUCCUCCCAAUAGCCUCAGUGGCGGCCCUCUUUCUACUCCCGUCGCCACCCGCCGCCGUCUCAACAACCUUCCGCCUCCCUCCACUGUCAAUUGCACCCUACCUUCCUCCCAUGACCCGAACGCAAACGCAAAACCCUCUCGCCGCAACACCAACCUCAUCAAAACCCUAUCCAAAACCAUUGCCAUCUCCUCUGCCGCAUCACUUCUCCUCCACCCCUUCCUUCCUGCCGAUUCGGGCAUAGGUGGAGGCAUUAACGGUGGAACUAAUGGCGGCAACGGCGGUGGUGGAGGUGGAUGGUUCGGCGGCAAUGGAGGAGCGGGAGGAGGAGACGGAAAUGGAGGCUUCUGGUCCCGAAUCUUUGCUCCUUCGAACGCCAUUGCCGAUGAAUCUCCGUCGCAGGAUUGGGACAAACACGGCCUUCCGGCAAACAUCGUGGUUCAGCUGAACAAGCUCAGUGGCUUCAAGAGAUACAAGGUUUCGGAUAUUCAGUUCUUCGAUCGGAACCGAAGAACAAGGGUCGGAACUGAAGAUUCAUUCUUCGAAAUGGUUUCUCUUCGCCCCGGUGGCACAUACACAAAAUCGCAGCUUCAGAAAGAGCUUGAAACCCUUGCAACCUGUGGCAUGUUCGAGAAGGUUGAUCUCGAAGGGAAGACAAACCCUGAUGGAACAAUUGGGGUCACAGUUUCUUUCACUGAGAGCACUUGGCAGCAAGCAGAGAAGUUCAGGUGCAUCAAUGUUGGGUUAAUGCCUCAAACUAAGCCUAUUGAGAUGGAUCCUGAUAUGACUGAUAAGGAGAGGUUGGAGUACUAUAGGAGCCAAGAGAGGGACUACAAGGAGAGGAUCAAAGGGGCAAGGCCAUGUCUUUUGCCAAUCUCGGUUCAUAGGGAGAUUCAGGAUAUGCUGAGGGACCAAGGGACUGUGAGUGCUAGGUUGCUGCAGAGGAUAAGGGACAGGGUCCAGAAGUGGUACCAUGAUGAAGGAUAUGCUUGUGCCCAAGUAGUUAAUUUCGGGAACCUUAACACCCAAGAAGUUGUUUGUGAAGUUGUGGAAGGCGAUAUCACGCAGUUGGAUAUACAGUUCCAGGACAAGCUUGGCAAUGUUGUUGAAGGUAACACUCAGGUGCCAGUGGUACAAAGAGAGCUCCCUAGACAGCUACGCCCAGGUCACACCUUUAACAUUGAAGCAGGGAAGCAGGCUUUAAGAAACAUAAAUUCCCUUGCAUUGUUUUCAAAUAUUGAGGUGAACCCACGGCCCGAUGAGAAGAAUGAUGGAGGCAUAAUUGUUGAAAUUAAGCUAAAAGAGUUAGAGCAGAAGACAGCUGAAGUCAGUACCGAGUGGGGUAUUGUCCCAGGAAGAGGAGGGCGCCCUACCUUGGCUUCACUUCAGCCGGGUGGAACUGUUACCUUUGAACAUCGGAAUUUGCAAGGAUUGAAUAGAUCGUUAACUGGUUCUAUAACAACCAGCAACUUCUUCAAUCCUCAGGAUGAUCUUGCAUUCAAGCUAGAGUACGCGCAUCCAUAUCUGGAUGGUGUAUAUUAUGCACGCAACAGGACUCUCCGUGUAAGCUGUUUCAAUAGUCGAAAGCUGAGUCCAGUAUUCACUGGGGGACCAGGGGUGGAUGAAGUGCCCCCAAUAUGGGUUGAUCGAGCUGGUGUUAAAGCUAAUAUUACAGAGAAUUUCACACGGCAGAGUAAAUUCACUUAUGGGCUUGUAAUGGAAGAGAUAACAACACGUGAUGAAAGUAGUCAUAUAUGUUCAAAUGGUCAAAGAAUAUUACCUAGUGGAGGAAUUAGUGCAGAUGGACCUCCAACCACUCUCAGUGGGACUGGCAUUGAUCGCAUGGCAUUUUUACAGGCAAAUAUCACGCGCGACAACACACGUUUUGUGAAUGGUGCUGUUGUUGGAGAAAGAAAUGUGUUCCAGGUGGAUCAAGGUCUUGGCAUCGGUAGCCAGUUCCCCUUUUUUAAUCGUCACCAGCUUACUCUAACACGAUUUCUCCCGUUGAUGUCUGUGGAGGAAGGUGCCGGCAAGCCACCACCACCAGUGCUUGUUCUCCACAGCCACUACGGUGGGUGUGUAGGUGACCUUCCAAGUUACGAUGCUUUCACUCUUGGUGGUCCCUAUUCUGUGAGGGGUUACAACAUGGGUGAGAUUGGAGCAGCCAGAAAUAUCCUUGAGCUUGCAGCUGAGCUAAGGAUACCCAUUAAAGGUACACAUGUGUAUGCUUUUGCUGAACAUGGCAAUGAUCUUGGUAGUUCAAAGAAUGUCAAAGGGAAUCCUACAGAAGUAUACAGGCGAAUGGGUCAUGGGUCGUCUUAUGGUGUUGGUCUCAAGCUUGGUUUGGUCAGAGCAGAAUAUGCCAUUGAUCAUAACUCAGGAACUGGUGCUUUAUUUUUCCGUUUUGGAGAGAGGUUUUGAGGUUCAAAUGAGUCACAAACAUUGGUGAUGCUGCUGAGUAGGUUUUGUUCUCUUGGUUUGCAGAAGAAUUCUUUGCAGCCAACGGUUUAUGAUAAACAACAAUGCGGAUUUUAUAGAGUUUGAUGCUAAAUGUAGAAUUUGGUUUAAGUGGACACUAUUGCUUGGUAAUUAUAAAGAUGUUUUUUUAUAAUUUU